UUAUUUUCUUUUUUCCCCCUCAACAUAAAAUCUAUUCACUUAAUGUUUGGUAACAUGAAGCUGCAGCUACACAUUCAUACACCUACAUUUUACAGAUCUGGGGCCAUAUUCACAAAGAAUUUUAAGGCUAAAAGUAGCUCCUAACAGGCAAAUUUAGGAGAAACUCCUAAAAAUAAUGGGCGUGUCAGUUGUAACUUUAGGACUCCUAAUUUUUAAAAAAUAAGAGUUAUUCACAAAACAUUUUAGGCCUAAAAGUAGCACUUAAGUCUGGGAGAGCUUAAAAGGAGCCCAGAGGACUCCUAACUCACUAAGAGCUAUUCACAAAAAGUCCUAAAAUAGCUGCUAUCAUUCCACGAUGCAAUGUUUUAGAGACGUUAGAUGAUAGGGAAUUAUUAAAAAGAUACCGAUUGGAUCGUGAAGGGAUAGAAGUUGUAGUUGAGUUGGUGAGGGACGCAAUAAUGUCCCCAACUAACCGAAAUAACCCGAUAACGCCGGAGUUGAAGUGUUUGUCAACACUCCGGUAUUUGGCUACGGGGAAAAUGCAGCUCUGCAACACGGACAAUUUAGGACUAUCACAGCCAUCAGUAAGCCGUUCCAUCAAUCAAACCAUCAACGCGCUCUAUAGACCCCAUAUAAUCCGUCAGUUUAUCCGGUUCCCUUUAGACCAUCGCCAUCAACAAAGGAUCAAAGGCAACUUUAUGGAGAUUGCAGGUAUGCCUGGUGUGAUCGGUGCCAUUGAUGGGAUGCAUAUAAGAAUAAUUGCGCCCUCUCAGGAUGAAUACGUCUUUGUCAAUCGCAAAAAAUUUAAUUCAAUAAAUACACAAUUUGUCUUUGACUCACAUUACACCAUACUGGACAUUGUUGCGAAAUGGCCCGGAUCAACACACAAUUCAAGAAUAUUGAUGGAGAGUGGUUUGAGGCAGCUUUUCGAGGGGCACCACGUAUGACACCACGUGUCAUUUGCUGGGGGACAGUGGAUAUCCAUGCAAAAGGUGGCUACUGACUCCUUACCUCAAUCCACAGCCGGGACCACAGUUAAGUUAUAACAGGUAAGGUUGUCAUGACUGUACAGUAUUAAGGCUAUUUACAAUUCAUACAAUUCCAUAUCAUGACUUAAAGACUGCACACACAUUUAACAAUGUUUACUGUUUUCUUGGUGUAUGUUAGAGCACACAAAAGGACACACAGUGUUGUGGAGAGAGGAAUAGGCCAAAUGAAACGCAGAUUUCAUGUACUACACAGUGAAAUAAGACUCAGCCCAGAGAGAGCCAGCAGAGUUAUCACUGUGUGUGGUAUUCUUCACAACCUCUGCCAGCAAAGGAAUAUCCCACAGCCGGAGGAUAGGGAUGAUGACAAUGACGACAACAAUGAUGAUGAUGAUGGCAGUGAAAAUGUGAUAAACUUGGAUGAAGUGGAACAAAGUGGACUGGCAUACAGGGAUUACUUUGUGAAUACACACUGCACGUGUAUUUCCAUCUUCAUUUUUUUUUCCAUCGGGGUGAGGAACUGGCACCUGCAGCAGGAAGGAGAGGGGUGGCAGGAGGAGACAGAUGCCCACUGGAGGGAGAUGCUGCAGCUGGAAGAGGACAUGGGAGACGAGGAGGAGGACGUUGGAGAGGAAGAGGAGGAUGUGGGAGAGGAAGAGGAGGAUCUUCUGGGUGUUGAUCCUCCUGUGCCCUAGGGAGGAGAUAUUGUUAUUAGGAUAACUUUGUGAGCACAUUUUUGGGAGCUGGGUGUUGUUUACUCUUUCAUUAAAUAUCACUAUGCAUACA